AUGAGUUCCACCCCUAGGCUUGUCAGCAGUGCUGCAACACGGAGAUUAUUAUUGCAAUCAAAUUCCAGACUCCCACGCUCUUCUCUCCUGAGAGCUCGAUCCCAGCUCACCCGGAACCUCCCCCCUCAGACCCAAGCAUUGGCCAUCUUACUACCGUCUCGAGGUUAUGCCACAGAAACCACCUCACAUGGGUCCGACAGUGGUCCUCCUCCGGGCUUCAAUAUCAGUGAUGCGAAGAAGCCCUUGCCAAAGGAUGAAGCUAAGAAGUCUUCAACCCCACAAACGGUAGCCGAGUUGAAAAAGUCUGACGAGCAAACUCAAACCUCCAAGGUUGGUGCCACAGCCACAGACAAGACCAAGGCCUUGGAAAACGCUUCCUUGGGCGAAUUGGCUGCCGAAAAGGCUUCCGAGUCCAAAGCCGAUUCGACCGCAGUCACAACCAAGAAGGAGGACUCUACGAAGCUCACACUCGGCCAAAAGAUUAAAAGGGAGAUAGCUCAUUACUGGGAUGGAACAAAACUGCUGGCUACCGAGGUCCGGAUUUCAUCCAAAUUAGCCUUGAAAAUGGCCGCUGGCUACGAGCUUAGCAGACGUGAAAACCGACAGCUACAACGAACCGUUCAAGAUUUGGGUCGCUUAGUUCCAUUCUCAGUUUUUGUGAUUGUUCCGUUCGCCGAGUUGCUCCUUCCUGUCGCUCUCAAGCUGUUCCCAAAUUUACUUCCUUCCACCUACGAGGGUCAGAAGUCUCGAGAAGAAAAGGCUGCUCAUCUCCGAGAAACACGGAAGGGGGUCUCUACAUUCCUGCGAAACACUCUUCGUGAAACAGGUCUUCCAGUGUCUGCUGUCAAUGCGAAGAAGGAAGAAUUUACAGAGUUUUUUCGAAAGGUUCGCGCCACCGGGGAAUCCCCUUCUAAAGAAGAUGUCAUCAAGGUUUGCAGAAUUUUCAAAGAUGAUUUGACCUUGGACAACCUUUCAAGACCUCAAUUGGUGGGUAUGUGCAAGUACAUGAACCUGAAUACUUUUGGAACCGAUGCUAUGCUGCGCUAUCAAGUCCGCCAUCGCAUGAGACAGACGAAGCGCGAUGAUAAAGCAAUUUCUUAUGAGGGUGUCGAUUCCUUGUCAGUCCCAGAACUCCAGAUGGCAUGUGCAUCGCGUGGCCUACGCACACAUGGUAUGUCACCGGGAAGGCUCCGGGAGGAUCUUCAAAUGUGGCUCGACCUCAGACUCAAGUACAAUAUUCCAUCAACACUGUUGGUUCUGAGCAAUGCAUAUAUGUACACAUCCGGCAAAGACAGUGAAAUCGACUCACAGAUUGAUGCUCUUCAAGCAGUCUUGAGCAGCAUUCCCGAGGAACUCUUCCACGAGAUUGAGCUUGAGGUUCAUAAUGCAGAAGGUGCCGCGACCAACAAGCAACGUCUCGAGGUCCUGAAAGAACAACAAGAAUUGAUUGAGGAAGAGAACGAGCAAACCGAAGCCAGCAAGACAGACGAUGGGAAGAGUGCAAGCGAAGGUGUGAAGGAUGAUAAAGAUAUUGAUGAGAAGCCGAAGCCGAAGGUAGAGGAAGCCAAAGCUGCAGUAUCAGGACCGGAUUCCUCGAAAGAGGCCAAGGAGGCCGAAGAGGAUAUCUCUGAAGCGGGAAAGAAUGAACCUGCAAGGAAGGAAAAGGAUGUGAAGAAAGAUUAG